AUGUGUAUAGAGGAGAGCAAAGAGAAACUAGUGGUCAACCUGUUGAUGGGAAUUUUGCUGACUGUGGAGGUAACGCGUCCAAACUCAAUGCCAGCUGUCAACAUUCAGUAUGAAGUCAUUGGCAAUUACUAUUCAUCUGAGAGAAUGACUGAUAAUGCCUAUGUUCUUUUUGCUGUCUCUGUUCUUACGUUUAUAAUCAGUUCAGUGCUGGUACAUGGAGCAAUUUCUUAUCAAGUGGGUUGGCUGAUUCCGUUCUUCUGCUAUCGGCUUUUUGACUUUGUUCUCAGUUGCCUGGUUGCUAUCAGUUCUCUCACUUAUUUGCCAAGAAUCAAGGAAUAUCUGGAUCAAUUACCUGAUUUUCCCUAUAAAGAUGACCUCCUGGCAUUGGACUCCAGCUGUCUCCUGUUCAUUGUUUUUGUGUUCUUUGCCUUGUUCAUCAUUUUUAAGGCUUAUCUAAUCAACUGUGUUUGGAACUGUUACACAUACAUCAACAACAGAAACAUGCCAGAGAUAGCUGUGUACCCUGCCUUUGAAGCACCUCCACAGUAUGUUUUGCCAGCCUAUGAAAUGGCAGUGAAGAUGCCUGAGAAAGAACCACCGCCACCCUACAUACCUGCCUGAAGAAAUUCUGCCUUUGUCAAUAAACCCUGUACCAGCUUUUUGUCUUGUUUAUUUUCAGAAUGCUGCAAUACAGGUCUCUUCAGACUUGUUUGAUAUAAGGUACAUUUUCCUUUGUUUAAGUAUUUAUUUUUAAACACUAACAAGCUUUUUGGGCAUCUGCUAGAAUUCAGAGUUCGUUGUUGUUGUUAAGUAUAUUACAUUUAAAUAGUUGUUGAAAACAACGUAGGUUAAGCAAGAGCAAAGUGCCAUUGUUUGCCUUUGACUGGGGGGUGGGGAGGGGUACUCUCCACACAUUUUCUUUUUUAACUCCGCACUUUCUUUGUAUAAUAGUUUGCAUUUUGGUUAUUUGCUGCCCUGGAUACUUCCAGGAAGAAUGAAUUAAAUAUUCAGCAUGAGUGAGCUGAGUAUAAGAUCUGGAGUUUUCAACUAUGAAAAUAGGAAAAAAUAUAUAACAUUUUAACUUGACUGUGGAAGAUGAUGGUUGCAUGUUUCUAAUUUGUAUGUUUCCACCUUUGUGAUAAGAUGCUUUAAUAAAUCUCUUAAAUAUU